UAUAGAUAAUUCCGCGGUACUAUUAUUUUGUUUAACUUCCUAAUUUUUUGCGAUAAAAUAGCUGAAUUACAAAUGAUGAACGUCUAGCGAGAUUGCUCGAGACAGCCAAUAAAAGCGAAGCGAUACGAACGAGCGGAGCAGCAGGUGGCCGUCAGCAGGGGGAGCAUCGGGACCGGAGCAAUGACGAUGAGCGCCUCCGACAAAUACACGUACCAGCGGACCGUCUUGUGUUUGGCCCGUGUUCUGGCAGGGAUUCAGCCCACUCCGUGGGAGAAGGUGCAGACUCUGUUCCGGUAUUGCCCGCAGGAGAACGCCGCCGGAGUAUUUUGCCUAGACACACGGGCCCAGGAUGCCGUAAUUGCCCUGGGCAUCUACUAUCUGGAAGGCGGUUGCCAGCACGAGGGGCAGAUUGUUCCCUACUUGCUUCGCCUUGCUAAGUGCCUGCCCAAGGCAGUCUGGAUUGACGACGCCCGAAGCAAUAAAAUCGAACGCAUUCGCAUUCCCUCGGCGGAGAAGUUUAGCUUCUGCUUAAACACCCUGCUCUCCGACAUAGCGACCAAAUGUCCAGAUUCCCGUGAGGAGAUUAUUCUUAAUCAAGUGGAAACGUUAAGUGCCCUGGCUAACAUAGUAAAGUCCAGCAGGGACAGCAGCUCUGCACCACCUCCCAUUAUUCUAUGCAAGGCUACGGUGCCAUUGCUUUUUGGCCUGGCCCGAUCAAUGGGUCGCUAUGCCAGCAAUGACCCUCCUCUGCUGUGCCGCAUUUUUCCGCCAGAGCUGCUGCCUAUUCGGAAGAGCGGUGGACGCGAUGGCACCGGAUCGAGCAGCAGUGCCAGUGGCACUUGUGGUGGGUCAUUCAGCAGUAGCGAACGCUUGGCAGCCACGCAUCAGUUUCGACCCAUAAUACCGCGAUCCAUGUCGGGCAGCUUGGCACAGGUCCAGAACCAAGGCCACGAUGAUGGGCGCCAGCGGUACACAGCCGGAAAGCACAACAAGCCUUCGCUGCACAGCUACUUCUCUGUACCAUACGACCCACGGACGCACUUCUUUACACGUUACGGUUCCAGUUUCAACCAGUUCCCCAACAUGCGCGUCUGCGAAUCGCCUACUAAAGGAGGCCCACGGCCCUUGUAUAGAGUACCACCGUUUCCUAUCCAGCAUCUGCAGACCAUAUUUGCAGUGUCCAAGAAAUUGCUAACUAAGGACACGCUGGAACAUUUAGAUGAGCAGGCCAGCGACAUAUUUUCACUGCACCAAAUCAAAGGCUAUUGUUACAAAAGCUUCUCAGAAACGCUGAACCUGGUCUUGGUUACAUUGCUACGCGAAUUACUCCAGCAUCAGGUGGACUUGCCGACGCCAUUCACCAAGGAUGUGCAGGAAUUCGUAAAGAGACUGUUUCUAAAUGGACAAACGGAGUUGCAGAAUAAGCAGCAGGAUCAGGAGCGUGAGCGACGCGAGGAAAACGGCAUCGCAGUAGUCAACAAGUACAAGGUCAAUGUGAUGGCUAAUGCAGCGUGUGUAGAUCUACUGGUUUGGGCCAUUCGCGAUGAAACGGAGGCGGAUAAGCUGUGUGGCCGGCUGUCCCAGAAAUUGAAUUUGGAGCUCAGCCACAAGAUUGUGAUGGAUCACAUGCCGCUGCUAAUGGUUUGUCUAGAGGGUCUCGGUAAACUGGCCCACAAGUUUCCCAACAUUGCUGGCACCUCAAUUUCAUAUCUGCGCGACUUUCUUGUGGCACCCAGUCCAAUUCUGGGCAAGCUCCAUGACCAUGCAAUGCAAUCUUUGGCUCAGCAAAAAAAGGAGAAGGAACUGACGCCAUUUAAAAUCGCGGUACAGCACUCGGAUUCACGAACGGCGGUUGUAAUUUAUGGAGAUAACCAAAAACCGCCGGGCACCGGAACUGGAAGAAGUGGUCAUGUCGCUUUUGAAUCCUUGCGCGACGCGGCCAUCGAAAAUUUGUCGAUUGCUUUGAGAGCUGCCCACACCCUGGACCAGUUUUGUGUACCAGCUUUGGUGGCAAACGUAUCAAACCGGCUCUUCACCGCCGAAAAGUCUGGCAGUGAAUCGCAAGGUGAAUGCCACAAAUCCAACUUGGUUAGCCUCAACAUCAUUGUAAUGUUGGGCCAUGUUGCCGUAGCGCUAAAGGACACCUCAAAAACCACCCAAAACAUUCUGCAGUUCUUUAUCCAGCGUUUUUGCAAGGUACCGUCAGAACAGAAUGCCUUGAUUGUAGAUCAACUGGGCUGCAUGAUCAUUUCGCAGUGCGAAACCCACGUCUUCGAUGAGAUCAUGAAGAUGUUCUCCCGCGUCACAGUGCAAUCGGCUUCGUUGGCCUACACAUCUGAUCCGGAACACAGAAAGCAAUUCCAUCACGUCUCGGAUGCGGUGGUCAAUGCGUUAGGCAACAUAGCGGCCAAUAUCCAAGGUGAUGCCGAGAUGCUAGAGCUGCUGGGCAAGCUGCUGGAGCUGUUUGUGCAGAUCGGUUUGGAUGGCGAGCGCAGCUACGACAAUACACCGGGAGCCCAGAAGGCCAGCUCACGUGCUGGUAAUCUGGGCAUGCUGAUACCGGUGAUUGCGGUACUGGUGCGCCGCCUGCCGCCGAUCAAGAAUCCGCGCCAACGCCUUCACAAGCUCUUUAAGGACUUCUGGGCCUAUUGUGUGGUGAUGGGCUUCACAAAUGCCCGACUUUGGCCUGCUGAUUGGUAUCAAGGUGUGCAGCAAAUAGCAGCCAAGUCGCCGCUACUCAUUUCACAGACCGCCCACAAAUCAGAUAUGAGAGAACUCAAUUACACGCUGGCUAUUAAAAGUGAUUCCGUCAACGAGCUGCGCAGCCAAAUCCUGGUGCUUCUGGAGCACUCUUCGGACAAUGUUGCCACGGCGAUUAAUAAGCUUUCCUUUGCGCAAUGCACGUAUCUGCUGAGCGUCUACUGGUUAGAGAUGCUGCGAGUGGAGAAUGCGGACGAGCCGAGUCUGGAGCCGAUUAUGAGCUACCUUUGCGACACAGCGCUUCAAAGGGACAAAACGGGGAUCUGGCAGUGCGUCAAGUGCGUUGCCGACCAGGUGUUCGAGAAAUUUCGCAAUGUUCUAUACGCUCAUGACGAGAUUCGUGAGAAGGUGCUGGAAUCGCAAGCAACCCUGCUGCUGGUCUACUUCAACCACAUUCACAAACCCAUCCAGGUUGUAGCCGAUCAAUAUCUAUCCUUUCUAGUCGAUCGUUUUCCCCAUCUGCUUUGGAAUCGCCGGGUGCUCUGGUGCAUGCUAGACAUCCUCCAACUACUGGCGUACUCCCUUAGCUUGGAUCCUAACGAGGAGACACCCACGUUGCGAGUAGUUUCCACUCCCUACACUCUGCAGCUGAUGGAUUCGCUGCCGGCGAGGGAGCUGCGCCUAAAAGACUUUGCCGAUCGGUGCCAGGGAAUCGUUAAUGAGGCCAUGAAGUGGGCGCCACGAUCCACGCGAUCGCAUCUCCAGGAGUAUCCAAAUCAGAUUCCGACGCCCGUCCUAGCACACCACAGUGGAUUGGCUCUGGCAUUCGACUCCGUGGUAAGCAGCAGUGCCUUGCAUACGGGAACUACGACCAAACGGCCGAGUUGCGUUAACUCUGAUACGCCAAGAUUCGUAUCAGUUUUAUGUCUGAGGAGCAAAUACGCCGGUGAGAUUAGCGGCCUGUUGUCCGUACUUUGCGAGAAGGAUAAAGCAGGACUAGCAGAUCGACUAGUCAGUGAUGUGUGGGAGGCUUGUGCGGAGAAGAGCGAUGCCCGUCAUCGUGGAGCUCUUUGGCGGGCCACUGCCUAUUUGAUCAUCUGCUCUGAGAUUGAUAGAAAACUUUUGCACGCCGUGGCCAGCUCGCAGCUGGAAUUGUUCACCGAAUCAGCGAUGGAGACCGCCGUAGAAUGUUGGCAAUGGGUAUUAACUGCCCGGCAGGAUCUGGAGCUGUGCUUCAUCCAAGAGAUGGUCAGCGCCUGGCAGACCACAUUCGAGAAGCGUAUGGGUUUGUUUGCGUGGGAAACGGAAGUUACAAAUCCCCUUGCCGCCUACGAAGGAUGUAAGCUGGUUUGCAAGCCCAUACUGAUUGGUCCACAUCUAAUUUGGCUGCAAUUGCUCUCCGAAAUGGUGGACACGGCCAAGUAUUGUAAUCGGGAUAAGGUUGAGAUGUUCUGUCUUCUUCUGCAUCGAUGUCUUCCUAUACUGAAGAGUAGCAAGCAAAACCGUCAGGUGUCCACGGUGGGCUGUCGCUUUAAGCUUCUGCAGUGCGGAUUAUCGCUGCUGCAGGGCAAUACCAUACCCAAAUCUUUGGCAAGGAAUAUCCUCCGUGAGCGGAUAUACUCCAAUGCAUUGGACUACUUCUGUGGACCCACCACGUGCCCAAAUCAAAGCAGGGAGCAAUUACUGGAGGAUAUUAUGAUACUGCUAAAAUUUUGGCAGACGAUGCGCAGUGAAAAGAAGCAUCUGGUCACCUCCGAAGUGGGUGACUAUGAUUUGACGAAUGCCUCUGUGAGCUCCACACAGAUGCUGGCUGUGAGAAAUAAUCCGGAGACGGCUUCCCUGAUCAGUGGCAGUGGCUUAGUAAAUGACUACACACGCUCUAUGAGUGCCAGUGGAAACGCGAUGGGAAUGGGUGCGGCAGGUGGUGGGAGCAGCAGUGGCUGGUACAACACCAUUCCACACUCUACGUCGACCUUAUCCAAGCGAUCGAAUCGUUCCAAGCGGCUGCAAUAUCAAAAGGAUUCGUAUGACAAAGACUACAUGAAGAAAAGAAAUUUGAUUCUCGAGCUGCUGGCCGUCGAGCUUGAGUUUCUCAUCACCUGGUACAAUCCCAAUUGUCUCCCAGAUCUUAUAGUGCCAGGUGAAGAACAGAUCACGGAGUGGCGCAACCGGCCAUACAAGCCAAACGUUUGGCGGGACUAUGCCCGUCUGGCCUGGUGCUACAACCCGGCACUAGCUGUCUUCCUACCGCAGCGGAUCAAGAAUGCAGAGAUCAUCGACGAGGAGGUGUCACGACUAGUCUGCUCCGAUCCCAUUGCUGUGUGCCACAUCCCCGAAGCGCUAAAGUACUUGUGCACCACUAAGAAUCUACUGCAGGAAAGCCCAGACCUGGUGUAUAUCUUAUCCUGGUCGCCGGUGACGCCGAUCCAUGCGCUAGCUUACUUUUCGCGGCAAUAUCCAUCGCAUCCCCUGACCGCUCAGUAUGCUGUAAAGACUCUCUCCUCUUAUCCGGCAGAAUCCGUGCUGCCGUAUAUUCCACAAUUGGUACAAGCACUCCGGCACGACACCAUGGGCUAUGUGGUGGAGUUCAUUAAGAAUAUCUCUCGGAGGUCGCAGAUUGUAGCGCAUCAGUUGAUUUGGAACAUGCAGACGAAUAUGUACAUGGAUGAAGAUCAGCAGCACAAGGAUCCCAACCUGUAUGAGGCUCUCGAUCAGCUAUCGCAAAGUAUUAUCGCUUCGUUUUCGGGUGCCGCCAAGAGAUUCUACGAGCGGGAAUUUGAUUUCUUCGGCAAGAUAACAGCAGUCUCCGGUGAGAUUCGCUCGUUUGCCAAGGGCAUUGAGCGGAAGAAUGCGUGCCUGGCGGCGCUUAGCAGGAUAAAGGUGCAGAGCGGGUGCUAUCUGCCCUCCAACCCAGAGGCCAUGGUGCUGGAUAUCGAUUACAGCAGCGGCACGCCUAUGCAGAGUGCGGCUAAGGCACCUUAUUUGGCCAGGUUCCGAGUGUAUCGAUGCGGCAUCACAGAAUUGGAGACGCGCGCCAUGGAGGUGUCCAACAAUCCGAAUUCCCAGGAGGACGCCAAGAUGACGUUGGGCGUGGAGUCCUGGCAAGCGGCAAUUUUUAAGGUGGGCGACGAUGUGCGCCAGGACAUGUUGGCCCUUCAGGUGAUCACCAUCUUUAAGAGCAUCUUCCAACAGGUGGGACUCGAUCUUUUUUUGUUUCCCUACCGCGUUGUGGCCACCGCUCCAGGAUGCGGUGUGAUCGAGUGCGUGCCGAAUGCCAAGUCUAGGGAUCAACUCGGCCGACAGACCGACAGUGGACUCUCAGAGUACUUUCAGCAUCAGUAUGGCGACGAGAGCUCCAAGGAGUUCCAGGCAGCGCGCGCCAACUUUGUGAAAUCGAUGGCAGCCUACUCGUUAAUAGGUUAUCUGCUCCAGAUUAAAGAUCGCCACAACGGUAACAUUAUGAUCGACAAGGAUGGCCACAUAAUACACAUAGAUUUUGGCUUUAUGUUCGAGUCCUCGCCAGGUGGAAAUAUCGGCUUUGAACCUGAUAUGAAAUUGACCGACGAGAUGGUCAUGAUUAUGGGCGGUAAGAUGGACUCACCGGCCUUCAAGUGGUUCUGCGAGCUGUGCGUCCAAGCCUUCCUCGCCGUUCGGCCUUACCAGGAUGCUAUUGUUUCCCUGGUAUCCCUAAUGCUGGACACUGGGCUGCCAUGUUUCCGUGGACAAACAAUUAACCUGCUUAAGCAGAGAUUUGUGGCUACCAAGAAUAACAAGGAGGCAGCCGCCCACAUGCUGGCUGUCAUCCGAAACUCGUACCAGAACUUCCGCACGCGUACCUACGACAUGAUACAGUACUACCAAAAUCAGAUACCGUACUAAAAAUUUAAAACCGAAAUACAAGCGCCUCAUGUUUGUUGUUGUUGGCCAAAAGACACUUAAAAAUACACAAAACUCAAAACUAACAAACCUAUCCGGAAUAUUAAUGUUUUGUCGCCUCACCCGUAUUUGUAUUAUUUACUUUGUAUUUUCCAAAAGUUUGUUUCUUUCUAUUUUGCAUACUUAUAAGAUGUUAAACUUUUUCCAAGAUUUUACGACGCAAAUGCAUAUAUUCGUUAUACAAUAUUUAUAAAUAUUAAAUCAAUUAUAGGGCAAAAUGUUAUAUAAUGAUAAACUUUCUUAUUUAAUGGAAAAUGGAUGUCUGGUUGUUGCAUUAAACUUAAAGUAACGGCUAAAAAAAUAGGUUUGAAAAGCAUCUAACUUUGCUUAAACGUUCGCGCCAUUGUACAAUAUAGUGGUGGGCCAGCUCACAUGAAUAUAAAAAACUGUUUAAAAUACAAGGCGUUUUAUUUAAUUAUUUUAAAAUUCAAUAAAGGAAAUAUAAUUCCAAUGGAAAA